UUUGGUGUCUCAAUCACAGGAACUGUUGCUUCGCUCGGUACCAGUCGGAAAGUUUCGGAAAACUCGCGCACCUGUGUGUGGGCCAAGCGGACAAGCGGUUUGACAGUUGGUUUGAAAUUUUUUGUUUGUUUCGAUGGGUCGUUUCGUUCAAUUUCCGAUCGUUUGACAGUUGUUUCGUUCAAUGGCGAUGGGCGAUCGAGAACGUUUUGGAAGUUUCCUCCGGAAAGGUUUUAGAUAACAUGGAAUAGGCGAAAAAAAAAUUUUUUAAUUAUGAUUAUGAUAAGUGAUUCCUCCUCAAUGCAAAUGAAAUAAUGCAAAUAAGACAACAAUUGCCACCGAAAUAGUCUCUCGCCUAGUGUCACAACUUUCGUUCAGAUUUGACGAACGGGAGCGGUCCAUGGUCCAGCCUGCCAGUUCCCGCAGCACAGAAACAGCCCAUCCAAGGAAGUGAAAAGACGUAAUUGUCCGUGAGCUCUCAGGUCGAAAACAUUUCUGCCCGUAAAAGCCAAAACACAACACCGAAAUACGUUCAGCCCCAUCCAAGUGUGCAUUGGAAAGAGAAUUUGGUUGUUGCUGUGCGAAAUUCUAGUGCAUCCUAAACGACGGUCAGCAAUUAUUUAGCGCUCCACCAGUAUGGCCACGUCAUUUGCAAACUUUUCGUUCGAGCGAUUAACGCAACAAAUGGGUGCAAAAUUGGACCCGAGACUGCGCCAACAUCUGGCGAAAGUGUACGGAUGUUUAGCCGCGACGUGCAGUGUGGCCACCGUCGGUUCGCUGAUCCAUCUGUCGGGCAUUUGGGAGGCGGGCCUGCUCAGUGCUAUCGCGUCGCUCGGUCUCAUCCUCGGCAUGGUAUUCACGCCGGACAAUGGCAAGAACUUUGUACAGCGCUUCGCCAUGCUGAUGGGCAUUGGACUGUUUACCGGGCAUUCGUUGGGAUUGCUGCUCGAGCAGGUGAUCUACAUUAAUCCGGCCAUCGUCGUAACGGCGCUCGUCGGUACCACGACAAUCUUUGCCUGCCUGACCGCGUCCUCGUUCUUUGCCAAGCGUGGCAAGUACCUGUACCUCGGCGGAAUCCUGAUGAGUGCCAUCAGUACUUUGGCCCUGAUCAACCUGGGAAAUCUAUUCUUCCGCUCGUACAUCGUGCAAGACAUUUCCCUCUACCUCGGACUGAUCGUGAUGGCCGGCUUUGUCCUGUUCGAUACACAAAUGAUCAUGGAGAAGCAUCACAUGGGCAACAACGAUUUCAUUGGCCACUCGCUGGACCUGUUCUACGAUGUGAUCAGCAUUUUCCGCCGCCUGCUUGUGAUUCUUGCCCAGCGGGAGGAUAACAACGAGCGCCGGAAGCGAAAGAACAACUAAACACACCACACCAACACAUCGAAGCAGGCGGCAAUUCGGCCCCCGAUAGCAUCCUGUGGCGUCCCACAGGGAGGGGCCUACUUUGUCACCCGAUUGUAUAUGGGCCAGUGUUUUACUGCUGCCAAGCCAACAGCACUACUAAUGAGGCAGCGCAGCCGUACGCGGGAUAUCUUCGUUAUUUGGGCUUUAAAUUGAGUGGGUGCAUCAUUCAAUAGUAUCUCACAAUAUAGUUUAAUAUAUCCUACACCACAUCCCUGUGGUUGCAAAGAGGGAAUAUUCAGAUUCGGUUUAUUAUUUUGGUGCUAUAGUAUGUUGAGAGCUUUCUAUUGUAUAUGUCGUAAUAUCCGGGAUACUGUAGGCUUUUGUUCGUUUCGGUUUUGCUGAAUCACGUGAUUUAUUUACAACAAAAAAAGAAAGGAAAAUCAUUGUGUACGAAAAAGAUAAGCUUUUAUGAAAUGAUAAAGCUGGGUGUCUGUGUGUGUGUGUUUACGUUUUCACAAUCACAUCACACACAAGUAAUACGUUCGUUAGUGUGUGGGCAAAACGUUCACUGUUGAUGCACCGAAUCGUACCGGAACCACGGAGAACUUUCUGAAGAUGCAACCUCAGCACUCAUCAGCAUAUUGUUUCCCACCUUUUAAACACUCAACAACAAAAAGGCAUCAGGGAUCGAACAGAAACAAUUAGCGAAACAGCGGAACGUGUGCUCAACCGCGAACCCACCGACCUCGGGGUUGAGAUAUAUUUGUAAUUUUUCAAAAGGGGGUUAACCUUCCUCGGGUGGAUGUGUUCGUAAAUUCCGUCAGUCGUUGGAUCAUGCGUAGGUGUAAGUAAGUUCAAUGUUUGUUCGAUGGAGUCCGCUAAUGGAUUAAUAAAGAUAUUUUACUAAUUUCAA